CUCGCCCUAUCGCACUAUUUUUGCAGUCUGCAGGGGAUGUCAUCCAUAAAAUUUACUUACUGUGGCCUUAUAAUGCUUGAAGGAUUUCUUAAUAUCAAUAUUGAAUUGAAAAGCAAUGUACUAAAUGAAAUCUGUACUCAAAUUGUAUAUGACAAUGUCAUUAGAUCACAUUGUGUACAUGUCCAGAUCAGUUAUCGUAAAUUAAUUAACUGACAAACCAUUAAAUUAUGCUGUUGCCCAGAAAGUCUUCACUCAAGAAAAGGGACGAAGUUCCCAUCAUAAUACUGCGCCAAGGUUAUAGAAUACACUAUUAUUUAGCCAAAUUUGCUCAUGCCGUGUGAUAUCACGUGUGAAAAUUGACAGAAGCUAGCGUUGCAGCGUUCCGUGUCCGGCCGGAUAAUGACACUUUAUAUAAUAAUGCGUUUCCUGGGAACGCCCGGCGCGAAAACAAACUUGGUGUUCUAGAACGAUAAUUCACAAUAGUUCAAUACCAGUACCGAACAGUGCCCUUAGUAACAACAGUGUGUUGUUGUAACACCAUGAUUUUAGCAGACGUGAGCUAUAGUAUGGCUGCUGCAAGGGUUUUGUCUUUGUUCUCAAUACUGAUUCCCAUCUACAUGUCGUCCGCCGUACUUUCCGCUUCUCUGGCGAACUUGACGUCAUCGGACAACUCUUCAUCCAAUCAGCCAUAUGAUACACAGCUGAUCUCCCCAGAUGCGUGGAGUUCGCGAAGGAAUAGAGCUGCUGUAACUAAUCGUGAAAUCGUGCUUGGUAGGAGAAAUCGCCGUGCAGCCGAUUAUUGCCCAGUGAUUGUGGAGAAGGAGUUCUAUGUCACCCAACUUCUGCAUCUUCGCUGUCUGUGCCAACCCAUAAAUAUAAGACAUAGGCUCCUAAGCUGGACCGUGGUCCCGCGGGAUGGGCAGGGGGAGAAGCCGGUCUUGUUUGACGAGGAGGACAGGCUCGAACUGGGGACGGAGUUUGACAUGACAAUCCGGCAUGCUCAGGUAACCGACAGCGGCAUAUACUACUGCAGAGACACAUCUAGAGAGAGACUUCUAGUUUCUUACGAUUUGACGGUCAAACCGGCUAAGUCUGGUGUCAGGCUAAGUCUGGUGGCUCUCAGUGAGAACCCCCUGCCGAACAGAACAGCGGCAGAGAUGACGAUGUUUAGCUUAUGGUCGCCAUGGGGACAGUGUAACAGGUGUGGCGGGUCCGGAGAACGCGCCAGGAUUGGGAUUUGUCACGUCGAGAGCGAAAACUUUCCCGAGCACUUAGGCACGCGCAAAGUCUUCGCCUGUGACUCCGAGAACCUUCCCUCUUUCGCUCGAGAGGUAUUUGGCGAAGAAAUCCGCCGUCCUGGACACACGAUACCCUUCUACGAAAUCCGCCGCCCUGAUGAGAGGAGGGUAGAGUUCUGUACCGAGCCCUGCCCGAUAGACCAGAGCCUUGCUGUAACCGACUCCAGUGGCCGUAUAGUGGAGUCAGUGCUGAAUCUAGGAAGAGGAAACUUGAAUCGCCCCACGCUUCCCACUAUCACCAGUAAGAAAAGCAUUUUCGGGAAGACAGGGGAAAACAUUACACUAUCGUGUCCCGGGGAAGGUAUGGACAGCCCGGUCAGCUGGAAGAACGGGAGCGCGGUCCUCACAGAGACGGAGCUAAAGAGGACUACCAAGGGAAGAGUCUUUGUAGACAUUGUGAACUCCCUCCACAUACAUGACCUUCAGAAACAGGACGGGACUAUUUAUACCUGUUGGAUCAAGAAUCGUCGCGUGGGCUCGAUCAAGGUCUUUGUAAGAGAAGCGAUAGCAUUAGACGGAUUUACUUGAAGUACGG